AUGGAAGGAGGUGGGAAUCGACCACUCCGACCACCGCGGCCCCAUUGUGUUGCCACGGCCAAUGGAUGGAUUGUCGCAUCGCUCGAGUGUCCUUCGCCCACCGCAGGAAUUCUACGAUUGUUGUCGAGAUGGAAUGUCCGGCGGGGCAGUAGUGCCGAUCAAUGGAUGGCAUUGCCUCCUCCCAUUGCCAUGGCGUCAACCGUAUUUACGGGACGAAUUCAACACGUUUUUGUCGAUCCUACUGGAUGUCAUACCAUUGUCAGUGCCAAUAAUGGAGAAGCCUAUUAUGUGCAUUCCAGUUUAAGAUUGCCACAAAAGUUACCAGGAUUUGGACCCAAUGCCGAUGGAUCACUGCCUCUUACAUUGACGGGAAUUCCUGCCACGGCCGGAACCAAAGUGGGAACGGGGGGAUCAUCUUCGACCACCAGCAAUAAUAACAAUAACAACAAUUCCAAUGUCCAACAAGGAUUGUCGCCAGGAUCUUACGUGACGGCGGUCGCAUGGGAUCGAGAACGGGGCACGGAAGGAUCCACCAAGAAAAUAUUACUGGGGACCAGUGAAGGAGAAAUUUACGAAUAUGCCCUCAUUAGUCCCACGUCGGAAGAUCAAGAAGAAGCCAUGCCAGCGCCAUUGCUCUUGCAUCGAUUGCGGACAUCAGAUGAAGCACCCGCCGCCGUCACGGGUCUGUAUCUGGAACGACUGCGGACGGGGCUCUUGAUUUUGGCCGCCACGUCCGGCCGGAAUGUGCCGCGGACACGACUCUAUACAUUCUAUUCCCCACACAAUACAUCCUUUCGCAUGGCAUUGGCCGAUCAACAACACGCGACAUUGGUGGAUAUACCAGGAGCGGUCGAUUUUGCCAAUUUGAGGCUUGCCAAUGAUCAUUUUGGAUUGCGAACCGCCAUGGGAAUCUAUUACGGGACCAUUGAUCGAUCGCAAUCCAGCAAUGUACUAGUCACGGGGGGACGCAGUAUGAUUGUCGAUGCCGGGAUACUCCCCUAUGAAGAUGUUGUCGGUCAAGAUAGUGGAGCUACUACUGUCAGCAGUAGUAGUAGCAGUGCGAAUAAUCCCGCCGCCGCCAUUUCGUCCUUGGCAUUGACACCCCAUCACAUGAUUCUAUUGAGUGACAACAAUAAUAGUGCCGAUGCCCAUCAUCCCAAACCACCGGAAGUGCGAUUCAUCAAUCGCGUCGCGCAAAAGGUCAUUCAAAAGGAACGCAUGGAUCUGCUCACGCAGCAAUAUCAUCAUAACAACAAUACACCCACAUCCUCUUCCUCCAAUAACAACAGCAACAAUCCCUUUGCGACAUCGUCGGCAUCCUCUUCGAGCAACAACAACAACAACUUGGAAGACAGCUCGCUGUGGCUGGGAGCUGGAGAGUUACUUAUGGACAUUCGGCGCGCGGAUCAAGUUUGGUUGCGUCAUGGACGAUCCUUGAUUCACAUAUCGUCCACACAGGAAGAUAGGGAUGUCUGGAAGUUCACACUGGCCAAAUGCCUAGAAAAACCAUCCCAAAAACAACAAGGACGAGCGCUCGCCAAUACGGGUAGUAGUAUGCCGUCCUUGUCACGAUCCAUCUCGGGGGCCGGGCCGCUAUUGACCGAAGAAGAAAAGGCGCAAGAAGCACUUUUUGAGCAAGCCAAGAAUUUAUGUACCAAUGCAGCCCAAAAGGCUGUCGUGACGGCGAUUCGCGCCGAAUAUCAUCUGUCCCAAGGACGUGCCGAGUUGGCAUCCAAGUAUUUGGCACAGUGUCCUCCCGCGUUGGCCCCCUUUGCCGAUACGGCCAUUCGACUGGCGCUUCCACGGUUGGGCAUUGAUGAUCCACAGGGAUAUGGACAUUCCGCGGCGGCCAAGGCAAGUCUGGCGUCGAGCGAUGUCCCUCUCAUUACCUAUCUCAGUGACAAAUUACGAGUCGCACAGAUGAAUCAGGAUCGAAUGACGUCCACCAUGAUUGGAGCCUGGUUGACAGAGUUGUACUUGCACGAACGGGGAGAGCAGGAACGAGGAAACAAGCGGGAAGAUGCCCAGCUCAGCCAAUUUCUCAACAAUCUGCAAAAUACCGAUGCCAAGACCAUUAUGAGAAUCUUGGCAUCGCACGAUGUCAGCGCCACGGAGUGCGCUUCGUAUGCAGCUCAAAGUGGGGAUAUUGCCACGGCGGUGAAUACGGCGCUUGCUGUUGGCUCGAGCAAUCCAUCGGCUGGUGCACAGAACGCACUUCGAAUUUUGAAUGCCGCCCCAUUUGAGCUUGCCGAGCCCCUCUACUAUCGCCAUGCUUCCGCUCUCUUGGCAAGAGCUCCAGGGCUUGCCGGCAAUAGUUUCCUAACUCGAUACGCACAAGGGUUGGCCCCAACCAGGUUGCUGCCUUCCAUUAUGCACUAUGAAAAGAAACGAAGUGAGCGCGCCAAGAAAAUAGAAGAAAGUCGCAAAAUUGCACAGGAGUUGACGGGCAUGGGCGGCAGCGGUGGCGUCGUCGAAACCAAAGACGGGGAUGACAUGGACCAUUCCAACAGAAAGGGCAUAUUGGAUGCGGAUGGUGCAUCCGAGGCUGCUUUCGUCGAUGAUCCGCACGUGUCGAUCAGGUAUCUGGAAGGGGUGAUCCAACAGGGAUGCCGAAGUUCGGCCAUUUUCAGCUUUCUCGUAUCGCUCUUUGUAAAGCUGGAAGACGAAGAACCACUCCACAGGUUCCUCUCUAUUCAUGUUCCCACCACCACGACUUUCACCGAUGCUGCCAUGAGUGCCUUGAUGUCCGUCGAUCGUUCUCGUCCUCAGCAAAUGAUGGCUAUUGGGGACGAGGAGUUUUCAACGCCUCUUGACAUGAACUUUGCGCUUCGAUCUGUGCUGGGAAGUAGUCGACACUUCCGAUCUGCCAUCAAACUUUAUAUGGGUUUCGGAAUGAGGCAGCAAGCAGUAGAACUGGCGCUCAAGGUAGAUCCGUCCUUGGCACGGGAACUAGCCCAGGACAGCACCGAGCUAGAAGAACGGAAGCGUCUGUGGCUCAUGAUUGCAAAGCACGCCGCGUCGAGUGGAUCUCGUGGUGGGAAAGACGUCGUGUCAAAGGUAGUCUCCGUUCUGAGGGACUGCGGUCCUGAAGUUCUGAGCAUCGAGGAUGUCUUGCCGUUUCUGCCCGAUUUUACUCAAAUCGAUCAAAUUAAGGACGAAAUAUGCGAAGCGCUUACGGCGUAUUCAUCAAAGAUCGAGGGUUACUUGAAGGAGAUGAGCGAAUGCGAUCAAACUUGCAGCAAUCUCAGGGAAGAAAUCAAGCGACUUCGCAACUACAACAUGACGCUCAAAUCGGAUGCUCGUUGCGCAUUGACAAAUCAAGUAGUGUUGACUUCUGGGGAGCCAUUCUAUGUAUUUCCUUCGGGUUAUGUUUUUGUUUCGAGUGCGUUGAAGGGACAAGUGAUGCCAUUCCUGAAUGACAAACAGAAGUCCCGAGUGGCGGAGCUCGAGCAACAGCUAAAAACAAUUCACUCCAAGAAAUCUCUGAACGCUGAAGACGAAAGACAAUCGAGGACAUUGCAGACGGAGCUGGAUGGUCUCAUCGCGGCAGAGUGCCCCUUGACGGGGUCCGUACUGGUCAACUCAAUUGAUAUGCCGUUUGAAGAUAGUGAAGAAAUUGACGAAGAAAUAUUCUUUGGGAGGUCCCAUAAUUCAGAAAGACAUGCGAAGGUUUGA